AUUCAAUUCAGUCGAAGAAAUCUAUUCUUCACAUCAUGAACGCGAUUGUCGACCUCUGGAAAGAAGUGAGAUACUACAAACCUGAUUCUGAUUAUUUUGUGCUAGUAGACCUACUCGUUGAUUUGUGCGGCUACUACCCACCAAAAUGGAGCCCUUUGGCAUUAGUCGCUUGGCGAGCUCUGAAAGUUGGCCAAGUGAUACAGUACACUUUCUACGCCUAUCACUGCUUUCAAUCAGCUGUCAACUGGCGCAAUAUCCUCUACUUCUCGCUAAAUAUUAAUCUUUCCGUCGGUCUGUCGGUCGGACUUUUCAGAGGCCUUGCAUUAGCUUAUUACCAUGAUGAUUUGGCAAAGCUAAAAAGUUUUGUAAACUCAAGACAAUGUGGAAAGGAUGACGCAAAAGCAAACUAUGCUCGGAAAGUACACUUCUGGAAGAAAAACCGUUUGGUCUUAGGUGGCUCGACCAUACUGGUUUUGAAUGCAAUCAAUUGGUGCUUGACGGCUGCCUUCACCGAGGAUUUGUACCAGAUUCCAUUUUCGUUGCAGUUCCUACCAAAUACCGUGGCUAACGUUAUUAUUUAUUACUACUCGUUUCAAAUGUUGAUCCAAAACCUUGGAUAUUGGCAGAGCUUCUUUCAAUUCGGGUUGUUGCUAUCGUUGAUGAAAAAUGAGCUUUUGAUAAUUUCGGACUAUUUUGAAUCAAUUUUCGAUCGAGCUUUUCAGGUGUGCGGCCGAGAUGACCUUGAACUGCGGUACGGUGAUAGUUUGACUGCUUCUAGGAUGUGGUCCACGAUUAGGGCAGAUUUUAAACAAGCGGCUGUUUAUCACAGUAACUUCAUCGAACAUGUAAUCCUUCUAAAACAAGUCAGCUACAUCAGCUUUCUAGUACUUUUAUCAGCAACUGCGAUUUUUGUCACCCUCAAUAGUUUCCUAUGCGUAAUUGAUUUCUCCAGUGACGCUUUGGGACUGUUGGUUUUUGGAUCCAUAUGUGGCAUGGAAUGUUUUUUCACAUGCAAAAUGUUGGAUGAGCUUGACGAAAUUAACAUGAAAAUAGCCAAGAACGCAUAUGCCUUGGAUUGGAUGACCAGCAUUUCGGUGCCAAGUGCGAACAUGGACGACUAUCGCAACAUCAAGCACACGGCUCUCAUCGUUCAAGCCAAAGCUCAACAGGGUUUUUGGUUCCGUGCCGGAGGAAUGUUCGACAUGAAUUUGGAAAUGUUUAUGCAAAUCAUGAAAAUUUGUUAUUCCAUGAUCACCUUUCUGAUGCAGACACAAGAAUCGGAAUAAUGCAAUGGCACUGAAUAACUAUUUGGAAACGGGGUUAGAUUUGAGAUACAAAGAAAUAAAACUAUGUAACAAGCGUAAGUGUAACAAAUCCGCUUGAAAAACCUAAUGCUAGAGUAGAAUGGGGCAAGAUGAAUCAACCAAGAUGUGGAUUCCUGUAACUCCCUGAAUACGAAUAUAGUUCCUUUUUAAUGGCCUAUUUUAGAUACAAGUGAGCUGCAAUAUUGAAUGCAAAAUAAAGGAUCAUUAUAUAAGAAA